CAGGCACUUGCGGAUACAACCCAGUGGGAAGUUUACACCGAUUUGAACUUUCAGUGUUUGAUAAUAUGGGAAGUUUUUAAGGAUCAUGGAACCUCUCUAAUAUGUGUUUAUUUACAGUUUUUAAUUAUUGGUUUGUAUAUGUGUAAUGCGAUGUGAGCCGCCUUGGGCCCGUCCUGGAGAAAGGCGUCGUCGUAAUCUCCUCCGUAAUACAUAAACAAUACAUAAACUCCUCUGCCUGUCAGUCCAUAGGGCUGCCUCCCGACAGAUGGCCAUAUGGACAGAUAGGCAGAUCAUCAUGCCUAUGGAGCUGGGUGGCCAUCUGCCAGGAAGGCUUGGGUGGUGCUUUUCCUGCGAUGGCAGAAAGGGGGUUGGUGUCAGGAGCCAAAGAUAGCGUCAAGAAAAGUGCCACGUUUCUCUGUCUCUCGGUCAUGGAUCUUAUAGUCUCAAUUUGAUGCCGAGAUGCACACGCAUACACGUGAUAUCGAAACCUUCCUUCCCGUUUUUCUCCUCAGAGCUUGUCACCUCUGCUCCAAUGCCUCUCUCUUUCUGCUCAUAAACACCCUCUUGUUUUCCCUUUUGUUCUAUCAACAAUCCCUUGUGUUCUCUUUGUUCCAAAGCAAAGCAUAACUAUUCUUUCUGCGCAAUUCUGAAAGCCAUUUCUUCCCAUUCUGCUCACGUCUUCUUCCCACUCCCAUCUUUUCAGGUCAACUUGAUAUCUCUUUCUACCUCUCACCCAGAUGUCUUUUCCCGGCACUCCACAACCACUGCCUAUCUACGUUCCUUCACUCCUUUCUGCUCCUCUUUGCUCUUUUCUCUUUACAUUCCUCAGUAACCCAUUCUAAUUUGUGAAAUUCACUUUACACAUUUUUGGCCCCAACACUUGACCUUUUGCUUCUUUCUUGACCAGGGAAAUGAGGAUUCUAUGGAGCCAACUCUUGGGUUGAGGAAGGAAACCAGGAAUGUAUGAAGAAAUCAUCUCAAGGUGAAGAUGUUGCUGAAUUUGUGACCUGUCUUACAGACACGAAAAGAAAACAGGAAGAGUCAAGUUUCUGUGUUGCAAUUAAUACACCCAUAUCACUGUUAAUAUGAAGGAGAAAGCAUCUCAAUGCCUGGAGUGUGGAAAGAAUUUCAGUCGGAGGGAUUCUCUUCACCAACAUGAAAGGACUCACAUGGGAGAGAAACCCUAUACAUGCCUCGAGUGUGGACAGAGCUUCACUCGUAGUUCAUCUCUACAUUCACAUCAAAGGAUUCACACUGGGGAGAAACCCUAUAAAUGCCUGGAGUGUGGAAAGAGCUUCUCUCUUAGUUCAACUCUACGUUCCCAUCAAAGGAUUCACACUGGGGAGAAACCCUAUAAAUGCCUGGAGUGUGGACAGAGCUUCACUCAGAGGGGACAUCUACAUUCACAUCAAAGAACUCACACUGGAGGGAAACCCUAUACAUGCCUGGAGUGUGGACAGAAUUUCACUGAGAGUGGAAGUCUAAAUAGACAUCAAAAGACUCAUAUUGGGGAGAAACCCUAUACAUGCCUGGAGUGUGGACAGAGCUUCACUCAGGGGGGAAAUCUACAAAGACAUCAGAGGACUCACACUGGAGAUAAACCCUUUAAAUGCCUGGAGUGUGGGAAGAGCUUUGUUCGCAGUGAACGCCUACGUUCACAUCAAAGAACUCACACUGGGGAGAAACCCUAUAAAUGUCUGGAGUGUGGACAGAGUUUCACUAAGGGUGGAAGUCUACAUAGACAUCAAAAGACUCAUAUUGGGGAGAAACCCUAUACAUGCCUGGAGUGUGGGAAGAGCUUUACUCGCAGUGAAAGCCUACGUUCACAUCAAAGAUCUCACACUGGGGAGAAACCUUAUAAAUGCUUAGAGUGUGGCUGGAGCUUCACUGAGGGUAGAAGUCUACGUAAACAUCAAAGGAUUCACACUGGGGAGAAGCCCUAUACAUGCCUGGAGUGUGGACAGAGCUUCACUCAUAUUGCAGGGACGUGUGGGUUUCUGGAGCCGCCCCGGCAUGACGAGAAACAAACCAACAUCUAGUGGAUAUUGAGGAAUUUGGAAGCCAGAG